UCAAAUUUUAGGAUUGGUGGAGUCGACGGUUAUAUCCAGAUUUGUUUUUAUUUUAUUGUUUUUAAAGUUUGAACAGAAAAGAGAGGAGUAGCUACUACUACUCCCUCACUCCCAAUAUCUGAAGGAAAAAGCAAAAUUUUAAAAAGCGAAAUUACAGAUAGUUCGAGAGUUGAAGAGAAGGACAGUGACGUCGUUUCGCUUUGGUGCGUGAAGAGAGAGAAAGGAGAGGCUUGCAGAAGAAGGGAAGGAGAAAACUCUGGGCUCUGGACUCGCUUUUCUUCUUUAGAUAUUGGAGGAGCAUUUGUUUGGUCAAAUUGCAAGCCAAGGAAUGGAGAAAGCCACUCCGGUGAGGAAGCCACACACCUCCACCGCAGAUCUGCUCACUUGGUCUGAAACCCCUCCCGCCGAUUCUCCCGCCUCCGCUUCUCGCCCUGCCGUCCGCUCUCACCAGCCUUCCGAUGGGAUCAGUAAGGUGGUGUUUGGAGGACAGGUGACUGAUGAAGAGGCGGAGGCUUUGUCGAAAAGGAAACCUUGUUCAGGGUAUAAAUUAAAGGAGAUUACUGGUAGUGGUAUUUUUGCACUUGAGGGAGAAAAUGGUACAUCAGAAUCUGGAAGUGCAAACCCUACUCCUAAUAACAAAACAACAGUACGCAUUUACCAGCAAGCAGCUGCUGCAAUCAGUCAGAUCUCAUUUGGUACAGAAGAGAGUGUCUCUCCUAAGAAGCCAACUACUCUGCCUGAGGUGGCCAAGCAGCGUGAGCUAAGUGGUACCCUGGAAAGUGAGGAGACAAAGAUGCAGAAGCAACUUUCUGAUGCUAAAUGCAAGGAGCUUAGUGGUCAUGACAUCUUUGCUCCCCCUCCUGAAAUUUUACCCCGACCAUCGGCUGCACGCUCAUUGGUGUUGAAGGAAAGCAAAGACAUGGGAGAGCCUGCACCACGUAAUGUACGCACAUCUGUCAAAGUUUCUAAUCCUGCUGGAGGUCAGAGCAACAUCAUGUUUAGUGAUGAGACCGUGCUUAAAACAGCAAAAAAGAUACACAACCAGAAAUUUGUGGAGCUGACUGGAAAUGACAUUUUUAAGGGAGAUGUUCCUCCAUCAUCUGCUGAGAAAUCACUGAGCAUGGCGAAACUACGAGAGAUGAGCGGCAAUGACAUAUUUGCUGAUGGGAAAGCAGAGUCUCGAGACUACUUAGGCGGGGUUCGCAAGCCCCCUGGUGGCGAGAGCAGCAUUGCUUUGGUGUAACAUGUUAGGUCUAACGCAGUUAUUUUACAUUAUUAUUGUGUCUGGUUCUAUUUUAUUCCUAGUGGGGAUUUGUUCUUAUAUGAUUUGACCUUGCGUUUUGGGUUUGGCGAAUAUGCCUUAGGGUUUAACAUGUCGACUGGAGCUAUGGACUUUUGGCUAAUUGGGUUUUAUGUUCAUAACCACGUGUUCAUUGGUGUUUGUUUCAAUGAAGUGCUUGGGAUGUUCACCA